AUGCGGACAAUAUCAAUCUUAGAGAAGUUGCUUCUUGGAAGAUGCAUAAAAGCUCGGCGAAGGCCCAAAAUCCCAACAGUCGCCACAACGCUUCAAGCUGCAUUUCCAAGUUUGUCUUCCCCCCCCCUUGUUAGUAGUAGUACUCAAACAAAGCGUCCCAUUAUCAUUCGAUCAGACUAUUGUAAUCAUGAAAAACGUUCACUGAAGCUUCAUUCUACUGUUCCUCCAAGCUUGUUGGUAUCCAAUUCACAGCAAACUCAAAAUCCCGCUGUCUUGUUUCCCCCGGCUAAUCAGAGUGUGGCAGCUAUUGUGUUUGGGGAUGGGCCAGAAACACAACUCUAUCCAUUGACAAAGAGAAGAUCAGAAGGAGCCAUACCUAUCGCAGCAAGUUAUAGACUGAUUGAUGCAGUUUUGAGCAACUGCAUUAGCAGCAAUAUACACAGGAUAUAUGCUCUGACACAAUUUAACUCGACUUCUCUUAAUUCCCACAUUUCCAGGGCUUAUUCUGGACUAGGUUUUGGAAAUGAGGGGUUUGUUGAAGUAAUUGCAGCAUAUCAAAGCUCUGAUAAUAAUGGAUGGUUUCAGGGAACUGCUGAUGCUGUUAGAAGAUGCCUAUGGGUGCUGGAAGAGUAUCCAAUGUCUGAGUUUUUGGUCCUUCCUGGUUACCAUCUCUACAAAAUGGACUACCAGGAACUCAUCAAGGCCCAUCGAAACAAUAAGGCAGACAUCACAGUUGCAGCAUCAGUUGCUAGGAGAAUUCAUGAUCCGGGUUUUGGCUUUUUAGAUGUGAAUUCUGAAAAUCAAGUUCUAGAGUUCAGAUUGAAGUUGGAGGGAGGGCCAAUUGAUAAUCACUCAGCCAAAGGCUCAAGGAAAUCCAAUGAUACUGCUCUAAGUAGCAUCACAAGUAUGGGAAUCUAUCUCAUCAACAGAGAUGCAUUGAAAAGGCUCCUAGAAGAACAUUUUCCCGAGGCAAAUGACUUUAGAACUGAAGUGAUUCCCGGUGCCAUAUCCAUUGGAAUGAAGAUUCAAGAUUAUGCAUUUCAUGGAUACUGGGAGGACAUGAGGAAUAUUGAAGCAUUCUACCAAGCAAAUAUGCAAAGUACGAAGAGUACAGACAUGGGAUAUAACUUUUGUGAUAAUGAAAGUCCAGUCCACACUUCGCGUCGUUGUCUGCCUCCAACUCUUAUAACUGAUUCUGUAAUAACAAAUAGUGUAGUUGGAGAUGGUUGCAUUCUUAAUGGUUGCAGGAUCAAAGGUACAGUAAUUGGUAUGAGGACAAGAAUCGGAAAUGGGUCAAUAAUCGAGGAUUCAGUGAUCAUGGGUUCAACUUUAUAUCAAGACAUCUAUUCACAGCCAAACGCAGAAGAUAGUGAAAACAGGAAAGGCACAGACAUUCCCAUCGGAAUUGGGGAAGAUACUCAAAUAAGGAAGGCUAUUGUAGACAAGAAUGCAAGGAUUGGCAAGAAUGUAGUGAUCAUUAACAAAGACAAUGCCCAUGAAGGGGACAGAGAAACCGAUGGCUAUGUCAUUCGUCAGGGAAUAGUAGUUGUUCUUCGAAGUGCUGUAAUCCCAGAUGGCACCAUUCUCUGAGAAUUAUAAAACAGCUUCCCAUUGUUUUACCAAUAGUACGUGAGUAGUGACUUAGUGAGAUGAAAUAAAACUUUGUCUUUGCUUCAUUCAUUAUUUCAUAUGUACAUUGACAUUAUUCAAACGUUGUUUUAUAUUUUUGUCCAUUUUAAUUUAUAAAUGAUAAUUGGAGUGUAAUUUUCACACUCUU